AUGCCCUCCCUCGGCGAAACCCUCGGUGCUAUAGAGCUUGGUGUCUUAUUCGCGUCCAUACUCUACGGUGUUCUGCUCGUGCAGGUUUAUAACUACUACCAGCGAAACUUCACCGAUGGUCUCUCCGUAAAGAUCCUGCUGUAUACUGUGGCAACUAACCAGUUAUGGCUACUCAUACGUAGCGUGGUCGAAUCAGUUCAUAUGGUGUUCAUAAUGGCGUUUAUCUUCCAUGCCACCGUCACAGACUAUGGCGUGUUGGCUCCAGCGACGGACAAUCAUAAUGGGACGACAGAAUACGAAUGGGAGCAAAGUUUCGUGUGGCCACUGGCAUUCUCGGUGCGUCUGUCAUUUUUCUUUGCUCAAAUAACAAGGCUAUCUCGACGAUGGUGGCUCGCGCUUAUAUCAUGGUCUAUCACCAUCAUCCACCUGGGCGCGGUCAUAGCUGCUAGCAUCAUUGCGACCCGCAUCGGCGACCUAUUUGUCUUUCUCCAAAAGCACACGGGCUUGAUGAUUUUUGGUCAAGGGUCAGGCCUCUUCGUGGAUGUAUUCAAUACUGUUUGUCUUUGCAGUCUGUUAUGGACGCGUCGGUCGGAGUUCAAUCACAUAUGCACCAUGCUCUUAGUAGUCCUGGUAGCCACUAAAGAACACAACACGAUAUGGAUGGUCUUCAUGUUGAUCAGCGCUAGACUGUACUCUAAUAGUCUUAUGGCGACGUUAAACGGCCGCUCCUCGCUUUUACAAUCCGCCAAGAUCAUCACCAGAGGGGAACUCACCGCUACAGCCCUGCGUGGCGACCCGAGCGCCACAGGACACGCCAUCGAGGUUCAUGUCGAUAUACAACACGACAACGACGAAAGGAUGACUCACGGAGAAGUAGGCCAGCAUUUCGAGAUAGAGCUAGGGAGCCUGCAGAGAGACGAUUCGAAUGAGGGGAAGUGA